UGAACCAGGAAGUAACGAGUUACAACAGUCCGUAGACAUUUGAAGAACACUACAAUGGGCUGACUGAGGAGAAGCUAGACUGCAUUAUGGAAAAGUAUUUUGCACCGUGCCUUCUACUGUAUGUUAUCGCUGGCUGUUUUGCUGACGAUCUCACUUACUUGAACGGGUUCUACUCUAAAACGCCUCAGAGGCUGUCCAAAUACAGCUGGUUCGGUAAUGUUCGGCUCCAUCACUUCAGAGUACCGGAAGAUGCGGUGCUCGUGCGGUGGCUGCUCACCGUCUCACGGGGAUCCGGACUGAACUGUGGCAACCAAAACAUCACUGUGCACUUUAGGGCAGGAGCGCCCCCGGUCAUCAACCCCAUAGAAACAGCCUUUCCGAACUCCACAUCUGUGUCUCUUGCUCACAAUUUGACGCUGACCAUUCCCAGUGGACAGAGCAGCAAUGUGACACUGUUCAAUGUGACCUAUCCCAAACCUGGAGACUGGUUCCUUGCUGCUCACCUGCCCAAGGAUGAAGGGAAGAUAGAGCAGCAGGGACUGCCGUCUUGCUCAUACCUAUUUCAGGCACAGAUGUAUUUAAGGAGAGCUGCUGACCUGCCAAUCCUGCAGCACAACAUUCCGCUCUAUCAAACACUAACUACAACUCCAGCUCUGUUUAAAGUCUUUGUUCCAGAGUUCUCCUCCAGGUUGGAUGUUUUCAUCUUGAACUGUUCUGUAAAGCUGGUAAAUGAUUGCAGGCUGUCAAUCACUGUAGGCUCCAGCACUUUGAGGCAGGGCUCAGAGGUGAAACAGAACUGUUCAGGGUUAGAGAGCUGCUCCACAUCGGUCCUCAUUCCCCCGUGGAACAGCUGGUUGCUGGUUACGGUUGAGACUAGUCAACCAAACACCACCAUACCUUUCAGCAUCUCUGCCAAUGUCACAGUGGGAUGUAAACCUUUGAGCGUCUCUUCAGAUUUCAACACCUCAGCCUUCAUUCGUACCAUCAUUGCUCCCCAAAGCAACAGCUCAGGUGGCCUCAGUAACACAUCCGUUUCCAUGAGAGACCAACCGGGCCUCCGUGCUAACAGCUCUGAGCCAGUGUGCAUGAGAAGCCCUUCAGUGUUCAGAGAUGAACAGGAUGUGCUAUCUCUACGCUUCAUCGUUUCCAGCAGCAACCUAACCGUGACCUCAGACCUUCCCACUGUGCUCACACUUGAACACUCUCCUGGUGACAGUGGCGGCACGUUUGUUGUACAGCUCGACUUGAACACUAGUUCUCUGGUUGGUGGAUUUGCUCAUGUCAAAGCAUGUCUCACACCUUCUGCUCCUGUACUUCAUGUCAACCUCAGCCAGACUUGUGCUACAGGGCUUAUGCAGGGCUAUUCUCUGAGCGUGAGCAGCAAUGAAUCACAGGCACUGUUGAGGAUUCCGUUUCCAGAUGCAGCAGUGUGGUACCUCAGCCUCCAGAUCAUGUGCAAUGAUAGUGUCAACUGCAGGAACACAUCCGCGAUAGUGAGUGCGUCUGUGAGUGUGAGUGCGUGCAUUGAUGACUGUGGACCAUAUGGAGAAUGCAGACUGCUACGCACGCACAGCUACCUCUAUGGCGCAUGUGUGUGCAAAGCAGGUUGGCAGGGAUGGGGCUGUACGGAUGGAGCAACUGCGCAGUCGUACUCCCGGCAGAUGGCUGCGGCUCUGCUCCUCACCCUCAGUAACUUUUUCUUCAUCCCACCCAUCAUCGUAGGACUUUACAGAGGCUACCACGUCGAGGCAGCCAUCUACUUAUUUACCAUGUUUUUCUCCACGUUUUAUCAUGCGUGUGACCAGCCCGGUGUGACUGUGAUGUGCAUCAUGGACUACGACACUCUCCAGUUCUGUGAUUUCUUGGGUUCUGUUGUGUCAGUGUGGGUGACCAUUGUGUGCAUGGCACGGCUCCAGGAUCCAGUAAAAUACCUAUUGUUUAUGGCGGGCACUCUCAUAAUUUCUAUGGCGAUGCAGUUGGACCGCAGGGGGCUAUGGAAUCUUUUAGGUCCUGUCCUGUUUGCUUUGGUCAUUAUGGUCACUUCCUGGGUUUAUCGAGGAGUGAAACGGCAUCAGUGCUACCCUCCGCUGUGGCGCCGCUGGGUGUUGUUCCUGCUUCCAGGCAUCGUAUCUGCAUUGAUUGGUGUGUGCGUGUACGUCUUCGCUCAGACCGACAGCAACUACUACUACACUCAUUCCAUAUGGCAUGUCAUGGUGGCCACGAGCGUGGUCUUCCUCUUACCACCCCGCGAAAAACACGUUCCCCCCUGGGGCUGGACCAACAAAAUUUGUAGCUACAGGAGAUGUAAAAAUGAGAAAGUAGAGCUUUACACUGUCACCUAAAUACACUGCUAUUGAUAUUUGCACAAACUGUGCAUUUUAACACUUUUACAAACAUUAGUGGUUAGCUUUAAGAAACAUGUCAAGCUUUAUCUGAAAGAUUCUCCUCUGUACACACACUAAUAACUACUUAAAGGAAUAGUUUACCCUAAAAAUUUAAUUUUUACUGUCCUUCUAAACCCAUAAACCAAAUCAAUGGAACACAACAGGAGAUUCUUGACAAUUCAUAAUCAAGUGAAGAUUAUCAGUGAAUAACAAACUUGUUUUGCUUCCCACACAAAGCUAUAUUAUAUGACUUCAGAAGGCUUGGAAUAUAGUGCAUUAGUCAUGUAGACUACAUUUAUGGUGCUUUUUGAUGAAUACAAACUUCUCCUUUUGUGUUUCAUGGGGAAAAAAGAACCGCUUACAGGUUUGAAUGACAUGAGGGUGAGUAAAUAAUGCCAUAAUUUUCAUUUUUGAAUGAACUAUUCCUUUAAACAGGAUACUUUUACACUUUUUAACUUUUCAAAUGAGUGAUUUCACAGAGAACAACAGCAAUGUCAAUCAUUUAAGAAUGAAAACGAACAAAAGGCAACUUAGUGAAUGUCAUUUGACCCAGUUUAAUUUAUCAGAGAAUCAAUUUAUCAGUUUAUUACACUGCAUUUGUCAUGUUCUUUGUGGACAAAUGUCU